UUUUCCUGUCGACGUCACAGGGUAAAGAAGCAACGUUCCAAUGCCAGGAACUGAGUAAAGUAGAAAGCGAAGGAGGAAAUCAGCAGGGAAUAAGAUUGCUACAAAACAAUAGGCAUAAUUUUGAAUAUAAAUUUCAUGGCUUAGUUAUGUUUACAAGGAGAGAACAGUGAGACAUUUUUCAGACAUGUUGCAUGGCCGAUGUACAGCGAGAUAGCUAACAUAGCUGUUGCUGGAUUCGCUCAUCGAAGUUUUGCCUAAAGAAGUUUAUAGCGGCACGGCUAACCAUUAACGUUGUCCCCGGGGCUGUCUUCUACUUCUCAUACAGCCCUACACAUCAAAAGAGAGAAACAUGGUGUCCUGGAUAAUUUCGAGAAGCGUUGUGCUGGUGUUUGGGACUCUGUAUCCUGCAUACUACUCUUACAAAGCUGUCAAGACCAAAAAUGUCAAGGAAUAUGUGCGAUGGAUGAUGUACUGGAUUGUGUUUGCCCUCUACACUGUGGUAGAGACCAUUACCGACUUGACACUGGCAUGGUUUCCUCUGUACUAUGAGUUGAAGAUAGCCAUUGUAAUCUGGCUUCUGUCCCCCUACACUAGAGGAGCAAGUCUCAUUUACAGGAAGUGUCUGCACCCUCUGCUGUCCUCCAGGGAGAAGGAAAUAGAUGAGUAUAUUGUGCAGGCCAAAGAGAGGAGCUAUGAGACCAUGGUCAACUUCGGAAAACAGGGGCUGAGCAUUGCAGCCACUGCUGCUGUCACUGCUGCUGUCAAGGGUCAGGGUGCCAUCACAGAGAAGCUGCGUAGCCUGAGUAUGCACGACCUCACACAGAUAAGCCAGCAGGAUGACAGAGGAGGGAACCAGCUCUACCAGUACAGCUCCCACUCAGCCAAUCCUGCCGUCAGGAGAUCUAAGAGUACUGACGAUGCCGACGACGCUGAAUACUUUUAUGACCAGGAGGAGAGGACAGAUGAAGAGGCCGAGCCAACCUUCUCUGAGGACGAGGCUGUUAGUCAGAAAGGACUGAGACGAUCACAGAGCGUCAAGAUCUCAAGAUCCAGAGUCCGUAAAGAUGCUCGUUAUGGAUCCCUGAAGAUUAAAGGCAAGAAGAGACCAGCGCUGAGCUCUGUUAACUACGGAAUGUGAAGAAAAAAAGAACUACUGCUGACACACACACAUUAACACGGAGCAGACCAGUCUGCUGAUUGGUGGAUGGUAUUGUCAGCUUAUAUUACAUUUCUUCUCAGUUUGGCUUUUCACUUGUUGAGCUCUUCUAUCACUUUGACGAUCCUUCUCACGUAUUUAUUACCUAAUUCAACCAAAACCAGUGACUCUUAGGAGCCUACAGUCAACCAACUUAGAUGUUUUUCUUAAGGUUGGCGUACAUCAUGUUAUUGCAUGGACUUGUGUGUUUUUCACCUGUUGUUAAUUGUAGCUUAGUUUUAAGGUGUGAUGUUAUGUAUGUGUAGUCUUUUAAAUUUUAGCUUUAUCUGUCAACUUGAGUCUUGUUUCGUUUCAUUUUCUAUGUGUUUUGUUUUACCAGUUUUUUGAUAAGGCAUCCUUUAUAUAGAUUUUAUAAAGAGGGUACAGGCCAAUCAUUUACUGAAUAAUCAUUGGUAAGAACAUCUUUUUGGUUUGUGUCCUCCAACACUGGCUUUUUAGCUCUUUAAUUCCUGGAGACUCUUCCCAGUAGACUGCUGGACCAUUUAGAUUCUACAGAAGGCGACCUGGCAUUUGGAACAGAAAAGGUUUAAUUAUGUCACAACUUAUUAACAUUUACAACUGUUGAUUUGAUAGAUAAGGAAAAAGUGAAAUGUAUGAUUUAUUAAAGCUGCAUUCAUUUACAUGUUGGCACCUGUGGACAGCACAGAAAGCUUUUUCCGUGGUUAUAUCACAAUUGAAUAAAUUGUGUGCACCACUUUUGGUCACUGUGAAGUGAAAAGUAUUAUCUCGCUCAAACUACCCGACAUAAGAUCAGAGGUGUUCCUCGUACUGAUUUAUCACCAACACUGCAGUUUCCUCCAGCUUCCAGCAUUUUGCUGUUUUGCUUCAGUCUCUCUGCUCUCAUAGCGUCCGUUUUAGCCACAACAGGCAGUUGUUUUUCAGCAUUUGCUAAGCAGAAGACAGCUAGCAACUACCUGAAAGUAGAAUAUUGAAUAUCAGCUUUAAAGAUGUACCAUUUAUGGUUAACAUCAUACCUACCAAAAGAGAUGUUGUACCAGUUUAUCAACACAAAACCUUUUUACAUUAAUGGAUUAUAAAGUGACGUAGAAAGCCUACGAAAGCUUCAUCUUAAAUACUCUCUAUAAAGAUUACCUUAUUAAAACAUGGUACCAGCUUUGCUGCCUUUACUGCCUUUCAGGUAUUUUCUGAGUGAGGACUUUGUUCCUAGUUGAACCUCUGACCUUUGUGUCAGAGUGUCUUCAUUUCAUUAUGACUCAUUAUACUCAUGGAGAUAGGAAGGUUCACACACACACACACACACGCAACAUUCCCUGUCACUGUGGUGACAAGAUGAGAACCGCUACAGGGUCAUUUCAGUUCCAUCAUGAACAUUCAAACUUUUUGAACACUAUUGAACACCAGCAGAUGAACGCUGUCCCUUUUCCCUGUCAGAGGAGGGAGCGGUGAGCACUGAUGAAAAGAAAGGGAUAAGAAAACACUGAUUCUUCCAGGUUUCUGUGUGACGUUUUCAGCUUUCACAGAGGUCCGAACUCCUUCUUAAUAUUAAUGAUGAUGUUUUAUUCUUUCUUUUUUUGUCACACCCUGGGUUGUAUAUAUUACUAGCUGAGGAUUAGCUUUUUAAGUUCUCUUUGUGUGUAUGUGUCUCUGUGUGUGUGUUAUCUUGGGAUGAAAAGGAGUCUUUUAUAUGGUAAUCGCCUCUUUUUGCACAUAUACCUCCUCACAAAACUUUUUUUUUUUAUCAAUGCUGUUGUUGCUUGUCAUCUCAUUUUAUAAUGUACUAUUGCUGUGGGGGGAUGCCACACACCGUGAACGCUAACGGCCUCUCGUGACAUUUUAAAGUUUGGCUCGUUUUUGGUCUGUGGUACAGCACUCAGUGCUACGUUGCUGUAGAAAAGUUCUGCAGCUGCUGCUGUGGAACAUUUAUCAGAGAUAGAACAGUGAAAUUUUAUAUGAUUUCUGUCUCAGUGCGCCACUGAUUCAGCAGUACAUCUGGCUAAAGCAAAAUGAUUUUUUAUGAUCAUUCCUAGAAACUAAAAAAUUGAUACAGAUGGGUAACAAAUUCAAGAAAGAAGAAAUAAAGAAAAGAAUGGAGGUGAUCUCUUCUGCAAUGACAGUGCUGGGGCAUUCGUGGGAUAGAAGGGUUUGAUGAAUUAACUACUAAUUUGCAUUAUGUGACAUGGUUGAUUUACCAGCAUUCCAAACAUGAACAAUCAUUACCUGUUUGGUUUUUGCAGAGGUGUGAAAACAAGCCGAACUUUCUCAUGUCACGAUGUCCAUUUAAUACUCCUAACUGACUAAUGAUACCAAAGCUUCAUGCACUCACCUGGAGCUGUGUGGCUGGGGUUUUGUGUGGGGAACAUGUCUGAUGUGUACAUUGCUGGAUUGUAAAUGCAAUACAAUAAAAGUUGUCCAGUUGCAGUAAGGACAGCAAUAAAAGUGUCCCUGUG